GUUCAUCUACGAAGAACGAAAUGUGGCCAUAGCGAUGACCUUGAGGUGGUAGAGAAUUUCGAUAUUGACGUUUACAAAGUCUUCUCCUAUUGGUUCUCCCCACCGCUUGUCACUCAGCACUGUCAAAGGUGUCAAAUAUCUCGCCGUUAUAAUUUUCAUCAUUACAAUUUUUGCGUCGAGUAGUGAAGUGUUUGCGUUGAUUAAUUUCCGUACCUUUAUUUCUCCGUGAUAAUUGUGAUAUUCAGUGCUACUUGGCAUUUUGAUCUUCAAAAUGCUUCGCAAGUGCUGUAUACCCGGCUGUGAUAGCAGUAGUAAACGAAAGGACGUUAUGCUGCACAAAAUGCCAGCAGCGAGUGAAAAAGUGAUAAUGUGGAAGAAAACUAUGUCAGCAGUAUUCAACUUGUUCGAAGGUUUGGCAUCAGAUGAAAUCGGCAAACUGUACGUUUGCCACAAACACUUCGAAGCCAGAUACAUCUCUUCAAAGUUGCGCUUACGGCCAAACGCGUGUCCAACAUUAUUUACUGAAGAAGAAAUCACCACGGGAACGCCGGCUCACCCUUCGGUUGAACGAGGAUUCAUUGAACUUGAAAUGAGGAACUCUGACCACUCGUAUGCAAGGAGAUGUCAUAUUGACCACACUUAUGCCAUGAGCGCACCAACAAAUAAUUCAGAUGAUGCUGCUGGUUUACCGCCACACAUCACAACUGGAGCUGAUUCAGGUGGAGUUACACUGGAACAUAUUACACCGAGCGUAGAACUGUCUAUUGAGCCGUCAUCCUGUCUUAAUUCAGAGUGCGUCCAAUCCAGCGCAGAUCAAGCCUGCUCGUCGCUCGUCACGACUGUGAUGUCGUCGUUUGAGCCAACUUCACCACAAACAGUGGUGGACUCAUCAAAGACUAAUGCGGCUCAGGCUUGCAUCACAACUCCGGGGCCAUCUGUUGAUUCAAAUGCGGAAAAAACAGAGCCUGCACGAGCAUCGGGUGUUAAAGAAAAAAACAGGCGAAAACAACGAACAGCGAAAUGGUCUUGUCGCAAACGACUACGAGUUGUAUCAAACACCGAGCAACUGUCGCCAGAGUGCGAAGUGUUGUACGCACAUUAUAAGAAAGCGACAAAACAAGCAGAUUACUUCAGACGAGCUAAGAUGGCGUCUAAGCUAUCACAAGAGGAUUCUUUUAAAAAAUUAGUGGCAGGAAUGAACUCGGUAGCAAGAAAAUUUCUGUGGAUGCAGGUUAAACUCUGUACUAAGAGUAAAAAAGGCAGAAGGUUUAGCCUAGAGGAAAAAGUAAUUGGCCUCUCAAUAAUGAAACAAAGCCCGAAAUGCUAUCGAUUCUUACAGAGAAUAUUUAUUCUGCCGUCCAAAACGACAUUAAAUACGUUGUUGCAGAAUGUGAACAUCGAAGCUGGCAUCAAUACCCAAGUGUUUGAUGUCAUUAAACAAGAGGUCAGCGAAUGGAAUGAGGCCAAAAAAAUGUGUUCCAUAAUAUUUGAUGAGAUGAAGUUGGACGCUGGCAUCCAUUACUCUAGGAAACGUGACAAUAUCACUGGAUUCGUAGAAUUGUCUGAAAAGACCAACCACUUGGCCGACCACGCUCUAGCAUUUAUGAUUAAAGGCGCGGUUCAUAAGUGGCAACAGCCGGUGGCGUAUUACUUCUCCGAAGGUGCCGCGUCGGGUCCGCAGAUGAAGGCCAUCAUCAAGGACAUAGUGGCCGCCGUGUGCGAGACGGGGCUUCAGCCUAUCGCUUUGAUAAGCGACCAGGGGACUUCAUUUCAAAGCGCCUUUAAAAGCCUUCAAGAGGAAACUAAAAGAUCACAAAUCUUAGCAGGCCAGAAUACCGACGACACUAUACACUUAAAUGGCCAUAGUCUUAGUGUAGUGUAUGACCCGCCACAUUUAAUCAAAGGAGUGAGGAAUAACUUCUUGACGAAGCAUAUUAUAAUGGACGGCAAAGUGUCGAAGUGGCAAGACUUGGUGGACGUGUACCGCACGGACUGCCGCCACGCGCAAGCUCGCCUGCUGCACAAGCUCAACGACGAGCACAUACUCCCGGAGAAAAUCAAGAAAAUGAAGGUGAAAAACUGUGUGCGUGUUUUCAGUCAAACCAUGGCAGCAGCUUUAUCUUACACAGCUUCAUUUUCGCACUACGCGGACGGCACGCCUGUGAGCGCUACGCUGUCCAACACGGCAGAACUGGUGGCCUUCCUCGAUGACCUGUUCGACAGCGUCAACGGCGCCAGCACCCACCACAAGCACACAAAGGGAAAGCAACUGCGGACUGCCGUAACUGAAAACUCAAAACAUCACGAUUUCUGGGUGAAGGCGAUAGAAAUAAUAGAAAAAAUUGAAUUCCGUGAUAUCAACGGAAAAUUGACAACAGUUCCGACGUUGAAAAAUUGGUUGACAACUUUAAAAAGCUAUCAAAGGCUGUGGCAGGUUAUGAAAGAAAAAAUAUCAAGAUAAUGCGCCCGCGGUAUUUUAACUCCGACGCAAUAGAAAAUUUUUUCGGAAGAGUGCGAGCGUACAACGUCAGAAAUAACGACCCGACCUGCCACGCUUUUGAGUGCACUUUUAAGUCACUAUUAGUAACUAAUUUAAUAAAAUUUCACCAAAAUACAUUUAAUUGUGAGGAAGACUGUGCUGAGGAAGUCAUUAAAAUUCAGUCGUUGUUUGCUCACACUGAAGAAGACAAUGCAAUGAUCGAGGAUAGUACCAUAUUGGUUGAUUCUGCGCCUUCAUCAUUAUCAACCUUCACCGAUCGUGAAGACGGCGCAGAACAACUAAUCGUGCAAGCCACACGGGAGCAUCUGGAUGUACACUCACGGGCAUAUACCGCGGGAUGGGUCACAAGAAAAGUAUUAAAAAUAUUGAAAUGUAACGAUUGUGAGAAAGACUUAACAACUGAAGAAACGGAUAUCCAUAAAUGGAUAUCCAAAAGAGAAUACAAUGUCAUCAAAAAGAAUAAAUUGACCUAUCCCUCGGAACAUGCUGUGAGGUUUUUUGGGAACAUUGUAGACGAAUCGAAUG